GUCAUAGUCAAAGGCUUCUAAAUUAUUAAAUAAAUAACCAUUGAUUAUACACGGAUUGGUUUUGUUUUGUGUAGUAAAGUAACGGAGUGUUGGACGUGCUGGUCAAUUUUAAUUUUUUGAAGUUGUUGAAGUAAAAUGGGUGACAGGUACAACAUUCACAGUCAGCUAGAACAUCUGCAGUCCAAGUACAUUGGCACAGGACAUGCAGACACAAACAAAUUUGAGUGGAUGGUGAACCAGCAUCGUGACUCUUUCUCUUCUUACAUGGGACAUUUUGAUAUGCUAAAUUAUUUUGCCAUAAAUGAAAAUGAAGCAAAAGCGAGGGUAAGGUUCAACUUGAUGGAGAAAAUGCUUCAGCCUUGCGGCCCACCACCAGAGAAACCUGAAGACUAAAGAAUCUAGCAAAUCUUUCUUAUAUGAUAAGUUUGAAUAUACAAUUUUAGUUAAGUAAUUAAGUUAAGUAAAUUUUAUGUUCAGUAUAGAAAACCAUAAGUUUUUCUGUAAUUUUGUUUUACAUAGUGUUUAAUUCACAUAAUUAAUAAUCAGGUGAAGAAUUGUUGUAAAUAAUGUAAAUAUUCACAUUAAAUUACUUUCUCAUAAA